CUUGUCUUCUUAACAAUGGCAGCACUCAUGAAACAUUGGAGAGAAGCAUCUACUUUAAUUCUUAUAUCUUCAUGCCAUCCAAGCAAGAUUGUUUCACCUGUCUUCGUCAACGGCUCCAAUUCACAGAGGCGUUCUCUCCUGAAGGGAACAGACUAUGAAAUGUUGCUCUUGAAACGAAGUCCUAAAAGUAAAUUCAUGCCAAACAUGUAUGUCUUCCCUGGUGGCGUGGCUGCAGACGUAGACUUUUCCUCAGAGUGGAUCGGAGUGUUCGAUUUCUUGGGUCGAGAUCAGAGACAAAACAUUUUCGAUUUUCUACAGAGAGGCGGAGAGGGUACGCCGAUGUUCAGUCGUAUAAGAGAACCAAAGUUUUCAAACAUUCCAAGUGAAGUGGCCUUCAGAAUCUGUGCUAUACGAGAGACCUUUGAAGAGUCUGGCGUGUUGUUAGUGCGUGAUGCGAGUAAAAAUCGAGAUAACUGGUGGCCAAAUUUAUGGGACAAACCUAGUGAAGCUGGUUUUAUCAAAGACCAGUCUGUGAUCAAUGAAUGGCGUAGCAAAGUGGACAAAGAUCCAGAAGAAUUUUUAAGAAUGUGUCAGAAGCUUAAAUUAGUACCUGACGUUUGGUCUUUGUAUGAAUGGUCAAACUGGCUUACACCUACAUUUGAGGGAAGGCGAUUUGACACUGCCUUCUUUAUCUGCUGUGUUCAAGGGAAACCACAUGCUGUAGAAGAUGAAGGAGAAACCGUUCAUUCACAGUGGACCUCACCAUCUUUUCUCCUGAGCCAGUAUAAGGAUGGUAAAGCAAACAUUGCACCUCCACAGCUAUAUGAGUCUUUUCGACUAAUUAGAUUCAACAUUUCUGAUCUGCUAAAAUUUUCUUGGCAUAGAAGUCAGUAUCGUGUGGGACGAUGGUUACCUGUGCUUAUUAGUUGUGCUGAUGGAUCUAUGAUGUUAAUGCCAGGAGAUAGUCUGUAUCCAGCUGAUGUUAAGCCGAGGGUCAGAUGGAGAAAUGUGUAUACAAGGAGACAAUAUCUGAACUGUUUCAGACAUGUCAAAAUAUACACCGUGUGAUAGUCACGCCAUCUGAAGUACCUUGGAAAAAACUUAAUAUUUUCUGCAACAUUGAACUGCCUUGCAGCCAUGUAUCCCCACUGAACAGCAACUCUUACUUUGAACAUCUUGAAUCAGUAACACCAGCUUCACAGUUAUGAGGUUUGGGAAAUGUCGAUUGGUUUAUCAUUGCUUUUACUCUGUUUACUUCUACUGUUGAAUUAUUGAUGAUUAGUUUAGGGAUAUUUUAGUUUAGCAUGCUAUAAAAAUGAAAAUGCAAAAGAAAUUAUAAUAAUUUAUUUUUCAUUUCCCCACAUCUUAAACACUGUAAUUGGAACAAACAAAUUGCAUUCAUCACUUUCAGAUAGUAAGGCCCUGAGGUCAGUGUUCUAAAAGACUCCAUGUCAUAACAUUUAUUAUCCCAACACUUAUGUGAUUUAUAAAUGUUUUCAAAGGAAAUCACACAGGACACAUAAAAUAUUUUUACUCAGGUAACUUACCUCCUUUGAGGUUUAAAAGUCUUUCAACAUGACAUCAGGGCACAGGUUUUUUGUGCUCUGUAAAACCCCAGAUAAUUUUUGUGGCUUGACUUUUAUUCCUAGCUGUUUAUUUAUUCAUGUUAGCUUAUUGUAAAAAUUGUUUUCAUGAACUUCUUUAUUUAGAAACAAUUAUUGGAAAAUGCAUUUAGGUCAACUACUGUUAUAAGUUUUAGUUGCAAUGCUUGUCUAAUAAUUUACUAUCAUAGAUGCAGAGUGAUAAACAUAAAAAAGUGAGAUAAAGGUUUUCAUUGCUAAACAUUAUAUAACUCCUCUGCCUAAGCUAUUAUUCUAAUUUUUUUUUGUAGCUAAAAAAAAUAUAUUUUUGUUUACAAAAUUUUCUAAGGUCAGUUGGUUUAUUUAGUACAAAAGGGCUUCCACCUUCUAGUAUUUCGCACUAUGGGGGGAAAGGAAAGGGGAAGGAACCCGGAGAAAACCCCAGACACUCAGCCCUGUGGACAGGUGUCACAUUCAUAGAUGAGAUCUGAACCCUGAGCUGCUUGCUGCAGUGGUGACAAGCAAGUGUUUUAACUACUACACUACCGGGCACCCACAAUUUACUAAGGGUUUUCUGCUCUAUAUAAAAAUAUUUACAAAUUAGUAAAUGACAAUGUUUCUGAUCCAUUUUUAAGUUAGAAAAAAACAAUUUAUUCUUUCUAGUUACAUUUUUAACAUGAAGAAAACAAAUGUAAUAUUUUAUAUGAUGGUUGUUAUUUCAUUUAAUCCUGCAUCUUAGUUACCAUGUACCUAAUGUCUAAUGUUUUAGAAAUGCCAGAUUGCUGGAGAUGAAAAUCCAGUUUCUUUCAUUCUGACAAGCAAGUUAGUAUGCUCUUAUGCUCAGCAGCUGGAAUUCUUUGUAAAGAAUAUUGUGGAACUGGCUUCCAGCAACCAAGAUCACAAUCAGCUGUUAAGAUCCAAGCAAAAAUAUCCAAAGCUGAUCAGUGUAGUGCACAGGAUUUUACAAGUCUGACAGCUUGUCCUGUGUUUGCUUAAUCUUUGUAAUGUAACCUAUGGUGUAAAGGCAAAGAUGACACACUAAACUAUGCAUGGGUGCAGGAUUCUUGUUAUGCUUUAUUGCAAAUAUUGUGUAAAUGUUACUGACAUUGCAGUCAAUUUUGUCUACAUUAUUUUUUGAUAUUUGUGAUAUAAAAAUGUGAAAGAGAAAAA